AUGAGUGAUCCUAGCCCCAAGGUUAUUCAGAUUCGCUCAACCGCCAAAACAAUCCAGCUAGUACCAUUUUGGCCAGAUAAUGCUGAAACGUGGUUUCAGAUUGCUGAGUCUGAUUUUUGUGAACAUGGCAUAACUGAUCAACGUUCACAGUUCCUUGCAGUUAUUCACGCCCUACCGCGGGAAUUCAGCAGGUGCGUAACUCUGCAGAUGUCGGUAAGUAACUCGUACGAGUUGCUAAAAGCAUCCAUCCUCAAGAAAAACGUUCUCACAGAUCGACAACGUCUGGAUGAGUUAUUUCGUAACAUCGAGUUAGGAGAUCAGUCAGCCGUGAGCAUGCUGGCAAGAAUGAAAGAGAUCAUUGGCCAAAGUCAGUUCGAUGAAGGACUGUUUAGGGAACUAUUUUUAUCCAAACUGCCACAGUCAGUUCAGACUGUACUUGUGACACUUCAGGGUGUUCUCAUAGAUGAUUUAGCUGUCUCUGCAGAUAGAAUUCUAGAGAUAACGAAACGGCCAGUCACCGAAGUAUACUCUGUUACCGAACAGACUUCGAAGAAGGAUUCUGCAAUGAUAGAGUUAAUCAACUCCGUCCAGCAGAUGCUUAGGUCAAACAAGCCUGGCAAUUCCUCUUAUCGUCGUUCUAAAUCCCCUCAACGGCAAAACGCACGUGGACGAUCUAAGUCCAACACACGUUCUGUCAAAAAUCCUGACUGGUGUUGGUAUCACAACACCUAUGGCAAGGAAGCGAAAUGUUGUCGAAAACCUUGUGAUUUCGGCAAAGCCUCCAAGUCUGUGGAAAACUAUCCCGCCGGCACGCGUUAG